UUUGUUCCCGGUGCUUCUUCAGGUGCUUCCGUUGAUUCUUCAGACUCUUUUGACUCUUCAGGUGCUUCUGUUGAUUCUUCAGACUCUUCUGACUCUUCAGGUGCUUCAGUUGAUUCUUCAGACUCUUCUGAUUCUUCAGGUGCUUCCGUUGAUUCCUCAGACUCUUCUGACACUUCAGGUGCUUCAGUUGAUUCUUCAGACUCUUCUGAUUCUUCAGGUGCUUCCGUUGAUUCUUUAAAAUUUUCUCCACCAGUGCAUACAGAAUUUUCAUCUACUACAAAAUAAAAGAUCAGUGUCAACGCCCAGGCACCUUGAGGUGUAUCGAAAUCCGUUUCUAACGAGUAAUUUCCGUAAUCCAAUGGCUCAUCAAACAUAAGCUCCGUUCCUCUAAGCCAUUGUGG